AUGUCAUUGGUUUUCCGAUAUCUAUGGUUCUGUUUUGUACAUAUUUCGUGUCUGAUUAUUUGACUUUGUCAAAUUUGUCACACAUCUAAUUUUCCACUCAAUCACAAAAUUCCGGUAAAUCUUAAUUUUGCUUAAAAUUUACAAUCGCCCGCUAUGGUUUGUAUCAUGUUGACGAAGUACAAAAUCACAUAGUCUACUGUAUACUCCAGUAUCACAAUGAAAUUAUGAGUUUGGAUUAUAAAUUUUCAGCGAAAACAGUCAUCGGCGAUGGUCGAACAACCAUGCAGCUUUUGGAUGCGAUCAAGGAAUGGAUCAAAAGUUUAAACGAUAAGGAUGUCCCGCAUUUCAUACAAGAUGAACUAGUUGUGCUGUUUCUAACAUGUUUAGAUAAUAAUAUCGAUGUAACUAAAAAUUCCAUUAUUGCUUUUUAUAAGCUGAGAAAAGAAGCUCCAGAUAUUUUUGAUGGAAGAAUUGUGUGUAACGAAGACAUCAUUUUAGCGCUAAAUACAAUGACCAUGAUUAUGAUACCAACGAGAACAAGCUCAAACGAUGUUAUUCUUCUAUUUAAAUUGAAUGAUUCUAAUUACAAAAAUUUUGACGCAAUUUCAACAAUGAAGCUGUGUUUUAUGCUUAUGGACUUGACUUAUCACGGCAGUCCCCCCAAUGGGUUGAUACUGUUAGUUGAUACUGAAAUGUUUGGCUUCAAGCAUAUGGCUAGAUUAAAAAUGGAUGCUUUAAAAAAGUUUUUCACGUUCCUUCAAGAAGCCCUGCCGUUGAAACUAACUGGAUUUCAUUUUCUGAAUUCCAAUUUCGUCUUAAGAACUCUUUGGUCUAUGGUUAAAGUGUUUAUUAAAGACGAUGUGUUACUUAAGUUUUUUCUACACGAACCCGAUCCAAAGCAAGAGCAGUUAUUUAAAUACAUACCAAGAGAAUGCCUGCCCAGAGAAUAUGGAGGAGACUUGCCUGGCAUCACGAUUUUGCAAGAUUUAACGGUACGCAAACUUAAGGCGAAUCAAGAAUUUUGGAAUAAAGAAGAAGCUUUACGAAAAGAAUUUAGUUUAAUUCUAAUGUAAUUAGGCAAUAAAUAAAAACCAAUUAUGUAGUUUCA